GAAGCGACCACGCAAGGAUAUAAAGUAAUGUAUGUAGCCUGUCAGAAAAGUCUUGUCAUUUAUGAUUUUGUUUUAUCCGGGAAAAUAAUCUCGUGGUCUCGAGCCUGCGUGUUUACGCGCGGACAUAAAGUCGCGUGUUAGAAUUAAUUUGGAAUGGGGAACAACCAAGUUUGUAUAAUAUCUUCCCAUUUGCUGGUUCUGAUUAUUCUUGCACUUCUACGGGGAGCAGAUGGUCAGCAUGGCCUCAGUGGAAUGUCCGUUCCUGAAAAUGGCUUUUGCCAACCUAUUUCCAUUCCUCUCUGUAUGGAUAUUGCCUAUAACGAGACUAUCAUGCCAAAUUUAUUAGGGCACAUGAACCAAGAGGACGCUGGGCUUGAAGUGCACCAGUUCUAUCCGCUUGUGAAAGUUCAAUGCUCUCCUGACCUGAAGUUUUUCCUCUGCUCCAUGUAUGCCCCCGUUUGUACGGUGCUGGAACAAGCACUGCCUCCAUGUCGCUUGCUCUGCGAGAGAGCGAGGCAGGGCUGUGAGGCACUGAUGAAUAAAUUCGGUUUCCAGUGGCCUGACAGCCUCUCCUGUGAAUCUUUCCCUGUUCAUGGAGCGGGUGAGUUGUGCAUCGGUCAAAACAUGUCUGGUAGAAGCACUCCUAUUAAUCCUACCUCGGAUGUAACAGAAUCACCUUAUGGGCAGCGUAGGGCUGUAAAGGGACAGUUUCGAUGCCCAGUUGCAUUGAGAGUACCCCCCUAUUUGAACUACCGUUUUCUUGGGGAGGAGGAUUGUGGUGCACCUUGUGAGCCCUCAAAACCACAUGGAAUGAUGUACUUCAAUGAGGACGAGUUGAAGUUCGCCAAGAUCUGGAUUGGAAUAUGGUCUGUGUUAUGCUGCGGGUCCACUCUGUUCACAGUUUUGACCUACUUGGUGGACAUGCAGAGGUUCAGCUACCCAGAGCGACCCAUCAUUUUCCUAUCGGGCUGCUACUCCAUAGUAUCAUUAGCCUACAUUGCUGGCUUCUUGUUGGGGGACAAGGUGGUAUGCAACAACCGCUUUGACAGCGACGUCAAAACAGUCACCCAAGGCACCAAAAAGGAGGGCUGCACCAUUUUGUUCAUGAUGCUCUACUUUUUCAGCAUGGCCAGCUCCAUCUGGUGGGUCAUCCUGGCCUUGACGUGGUUCUUGUCAGCCGGGAUGAAGUGGGGUCACGAGGCCAUCGAAGCCAACUCGCAGUACUUCCACCUGGCGGCAUGGGUGGUACCCGCCAUCAAGACCGUCACCAUCCUGGCGGUGGGGCAGGUGGACGGAGACGUUCUGAGUGGCGUGUGCUACGUGGGCAUUAACAGCGUGUACGCUCUCAGAGGCUUCGUUCUGGCGCCGCUCUUCAUCUACCUCUUCCUGGGGACCUCAUUCCUUCUGGCCGGCUUUGUGUCGCUCUUCCGCAUCCGGACCAUCAUGAAGCAUGACGGCAUCAAGACGGAGAAGCUGGAGAAGCUCAUGGUGCGCAUCGGCAUCUUCAGCGUGCUCUACACGGUGCCCGCCACCGUCGUCAUCGCGUGCUACUUCUAUGAGCAGGCGUUCAGGGAACAGUGGGAGAAGAGUUGGGUGAGUCGGACGUGUAAGAACUACGCCGUGCCAUGCCCUGGGCACCACCACCCGCAGAUGUCGCCAGACUUUACCGUCUUCAUGAUCAAGUACCUGAUGAUGUUGAUUGUGGGUAUCACCUCUGGCUUCUGGAUUUGGUCGAGUAAGACGCUGAAUUCGUGGAGGAGAUUUUAUACGAGACUGGCGAGCAAUAAACAGGGUGAGACAACAGUGUAAGACCUAAUACUGUUUGUUGUCCCCUGAACACACACACACACACACAGAUGCAUGAACUGAAGAAAAAGCUACUGUGACACAGUUUUUAAAAAAAGUUCUAAAUAAGCUUUUUUGGGGAGACAUUUUUACAUAUUUGUAUUGAAAAUAGCCCACACAUCUGAUUCUAAUCCAUCACACUUUGAUGUAAAAAGAAGGAAAGCUCUUAUCUAGUUCAAUGAGGAGAAUUAGACUGUCUGAACUUUUUCAUUAAUUAUAUUUGUGCUCCAUUGAACUUUUUCAUGUCAUCCUUUUAGGGGUGUUUCAUGUGAACUAUGGGACGAUCUCAAUUGCGUACUCCUCGCAUCCUCAUCUCCUUCUCAAAAAUGAAUAGGAUGAGAGCCAGUGUACACUCCCCUGUGCAAUUUAGAUCUUCCCUGUAUUUGAGAAACAGUCAUCAAGGUUCUGUUGGACUUUUGCUGUAUUUUAUGGGUCAUAAUUGUCACGCCCUGGUCGAAGUAUUUUGUGUUUAUCUUCAUGUAUUGGGUCAGGCCAGGGUGUGGCAUGGGGUUUUUGUAUUGUGGUGUGUUUUGUCUUGGGGUUUUGGUGUGUAUGUAUUCGGAUUGUAGCUAGUGGGGUGAUCUAGCAAAGUCUAUGGCUGUCUGGAGUGGUUCUCAAUCAGGCAGGUGUUUAUCGUUGUCUCUGAUUGGGAACCAUAUUUAGGCAGCCAUAUUCUUUCAGUUUGUCGUGGGUGAUUGUCCUUCGUGUCCUUGCUACUGGCUGUGUUAGUGUUCACUAGUAUGGGCUGUUUUGGUUUUCGUUACGUUCUUUGUUUUGUAGUGUUUGUGUUUUAGAUUCGUGUUACGUUUUUUGUUCAUUAAACAUGGAUCGCAAUCUACACGCUGCAGUUUGGUCCGACUCUCCUUCACCACACCUAGAAAACCGUUACAAUAACCUUUUUCACAAUCAUUCCAUAGACCACUAUUUCAAACCUGGUUACAGGCCACUUCAUAGUUUAUUCUCGUUUCUAUUGAUGUAUUUGUUUUACCAUGUGUUUUUAUGGGAUGUCUGAGCAUUCAUUUUUCUUUCGCCAUGUGUAUUUUGUGAUUUGGGGAUAUUUUACCAUUAAAGUGAAUGCAGACUUCUCCAAAGAAAUAUUAGAUUAGCAGAUGAGAUCAAUACCCCUAUGUGUAAACAAAAGCCUGUCGCUAUUGAACUACUUUGAAUUUAGCGCUCAUUCAAAGGCCUUCUACUUACGGGGAUAGAUCCAAAAUGAUUACUUUCUGCACACACAAGCUAUAUGACUGGAAUUGACUUUGACAAUAAUGGAAUGCUCAGUCCAGUGCCUUUGUUUUAAGAGAGUAUGGGUGGAGUUAUUGUCGUCGAAGUCCAAUAAUCCAGCUAUCCAGCCUUCUACACAACUAUCCAUCCUCUUUCUAGUCACCAAGAGAUUGUUUUCUGCUGACUCUAAGCACAUGAUUGUGCUUAAAUGGGUGAAAAAUGUAGUAAUACCGCACAACAC